AGCCACAGCACAGCACACGGCUUUUCUUUACCCCUUCCUACGGCUGAUAUCGCCACCGUCUCUGAUCUGCUUCUACUCUGCGUGAAAAAAAUGAGAAAACGCACCGUUUAUGCAUGGGUAGUAGCACUUGUCUGCUUCCUAGUACUGAUGAUUGUGACCCCAGCAAUUCCUCAGUCCCAAGAAUACCACGAUUUUGCCGACCAGCGCAAGUUCUUUGGCAUUCCUAAUGCACUUAAUGUGAUAUCGAAUUUCCCAUUUCUGGUUAUUGGACUCAUUGGACUUAUACUUUGUCAUCAUGGAAACUAUUUUAAGCUCAGCUUGCAAGGUGAACUAUGGGGUUGGACAUGCUUCUAUGUUGGUGUGGCUGCAGUUGCAGUUGGAUCUUCAUACUAUCAUCUCAAGCCAGAUGAUGCUCGCCUUGUGUGGGAUAGAUUGCCCAUGACUGUUGCUUUCACAUCAAUCGUGGCGAUUUUCAUCAUUGAGCGGAUUGAUGAGAAGCAGGGAAUGAUUUCAAUCAUACCUUUAGUUUUGGCGGGUAUAAUAAGCAUUGUGUAUUGGAGGUUCUUUGAUGACCUCCGUCCGUAUGCUCUGAUCCAAUUUGUACCAUGUAUUGCUAUUCCUUUGAUGGCCAUUUUAUUACCUCCCAUGUACACGCAUUCAACGUAUUGGCUCUGGGCUGCAGGGUUUUAUCUUCUAGCUAAGGUGCUAGAGGCUACUGAUGAAGAGAUCUACAAAUGGACCUAUCAUAUUGUCAGUGGUCACACACUUAAGCAUUUGUUUGCGGCAAUGGUUCCUGUCUUCUUGACAUUCAUGCUUGCAAAGAGAAGUGUUGAAGCAGAGAGGCAAAGUUUGCUUAAAACGUGGAGGGUUUCCUGGACGAAGGUCAAAGAGGGCAACUCCAAUGUUGAGAGCCUCGCUUGCUCUUACACAAAUGUGCAGGUUGUGGAGCCCCAAUAAUAUCUGUAUAGUUUCCCGUGGAACAAAAAAGAAAGGCUUAUACUGGAUUACAGAAUAUUGUUGUUAGACUUGCUUGUAGAACAAGUAAAACAAAC